AUGUCUCUUCUUCGAUGUUUAUCAAAACAAUUAAAAGAAAUGGAAAAUGAUCCACCGCCAUUAUGUCAAGCUAAACCAGUUGAUCCAUCAAAAGAUAUGUUUAAUUGGAAUGGUACAAUUCGUGGUCCUGAAGGAACACCAUUUCAAGAUGGAAUUUUUCAUUUGACAAUACAUUUUCCAACUGAUUAUCCAUUUAAACCACCUCGAAUUCGUUUUACAACUCCUAUUUAUCAUCCAAAUAUAAGUCCACAAGGUGAUAUUUGUUUAGAUAUUCUUCAUGAUAAAUGGUCACCUGCAUUAACUAUUCGAACUGCUUUACUUAGUAUAUGUUCAUUAUUUACCGAUCCAAAUCCUGAACAUGGUUUAAAUAUUGACAUUCUUAAUGUUUAUCGAACAGAUAGAAAUCAAGUUCAAUCAUUUUCAAUGGCUCUUGGGCGACGUCUUACUCAUCAUUAUCGUGAUAUGGAAAAAAAUCCACCUCCUCUAUGUUAUGCUAAACCCGAAGAUCCUAUGAAAGACUUGACUCAUUGGAUUGGUUGGAUUGAAGGACCACCAGACACACCAUAUGCUGGUGGAAGAUUUCACUUGAUUAUUGAUUUUCCUUCAGAUUUUCCGUUUAAGCCGCCUCAGAUAAAAUUUAUCACACCUGUUUAUCAUCCAAAUAUUAGCAUAAAAGGCGAAAUAUGUUUAGAUAUUCUUCAUUCUCAAUGGUCUCCUGUAUUAACAAUACGUAGUCUUUUAAUAUCAUUAUGUUCACUACUGACAGAUCCAAAUCCAGAACAUGGACUUAAUAAAGAAGCUUUGAAUGUCUAUCGAACAAAUCAAGGAAAAUAUAACGAAAUAGCCAGAGAAUGGUCAAAAAAAUAUGCUAUAGAGAACAAAUCGCUUGAGUAA